UGGGUGGGUGUGGAGUGUGGUGACAUCACAUUUAUUGUGACUAAAAAUGAUGCUGUAACUUCCUACUACCCAUAGUUAAUAUCAGCAUACGCAAACCUCCUGAUUUAGGUCAGUUAUAUCAGCCUAUAUAUGUCAGUUAUGUCAGCCUACAUAUGUCAGUUAUGUCAGCCUACAUAUGUCAGUUAUAUCAGCCUACAUAUGUCAGUUAUGUCAGUCUAUAUAUGUCAGAUCAGCCUACAUAUGUCAGUUAUGUCAGCCUAUAUAUGUCAGUUAUAUCAGCCUAUAUAUGUCAGUUAUGUCAGCCUACAUAUGUCAGUUAUGUCAGCCUACAUAUGUCAGUUAUGUCAGCCUACAUAUGUCAGUUAUGUCAGUCUAUAUAUGUCAGAUCAGCCUACAUAUGUCAGUUAUGUCAGCCUACAUAUGUCAGUUAUGUCAGCCUAUAUAUGUCAGUUAUGUCAGCCUAUAUAUGUCAGUUAUAUCAGCCUAUAUAUGUCCGUUAUGUCAGCCUAUAUAUGUCAGUCAGAUCAGCCUACAUAUGUCAGUUAUAUCAGCCUACAUAUGUCAGUUAUGUCAGCCUACAUAUGUCAGUUAUGUCAGCCUAUAUAUGUCAGUUAUGUCAGCCUACAUAUGUCAGUUAUAUCAGCCUACAUAUGUCAGUUAUAUCAGCCUACAUAUGUCAGUUAUGUCAGCCUACAUAUGUCAGUUAUGUCAGCCUAUAUAUGUCAGUUAUAUCAGCCUACAUAUGUCAGUUAUAUCAGCCUGUAUAUGUCAGUUAUGUCAGCCUACAUAUGUCAGUUAUAUCAGCCUAUAUAUGUCAGUUAUAUCAGCCUACAUAUGUCAGUUAUAUCAGCCUGUAUAUGUCAGUUAUGUCAGCCUACAUAUGUCAGUUAUAUCAGCCUAUAUAUGUCAGUUAUGUCAGCCUACAUAUGUCAGUUAUGUCAGCCUACAUAUGUCAGUUAUGUCAGCCUAUAUAUGUCAGUUAUGUCAGCCUACAUAUGUCAGUUAUAUCAGCCUAUAUAUGUCAGUUAUGUCAGCCUACAUAUGUCAGUUAUGUCAGCCUACAUAUGUCAGUUAUGUCAGCCUACAUAUGUCAGUUAUGUCAGCCUACAUAUGUCAGUUAUGUCAGCCUACAUAUGUCAGUUAUGUCAGCCUAUAUAUGUCAGUUAUAUCAGCCUAUAUAUGUCAGUUAUGUCAGCCUAUAAAUGUCAGUCAGAUCAGCCUAUAUAUGUCAGUUAUAUCAGCCUAUAUAUGUCAGUCAGA